AUGGGUCGUACGGUUGACCAGGAAGUGCAUGCUGCGUUUGUCGAGUUCCGCGCUAAGGAGGACGAUAAGGCACGUGACCUGUAUCCUUGCCUGUCGGUCCAAUGCAUCUACUGCCAGCAGAUUCGCGCAAAGAAUACUUCGCGCCAGAAGCAACACCUGCUGGAAUGUCCCGGUCUCAGAGGCCAUCCUCCUGCGCCCCAGCCUCAGGCAACUGCAACUGGCCCUAACGGCAUUGGCGCCGCGAAUGCCUACGCUGCCACUCCCACUGGGCCCUCCGCCGCGGCGCCAGGACCCGUUUCCAGCGCCGCGCAACUAGGCACCCCCAAUGGAGCUAUGCUGUCGAAUGGAGUCAAUCCGCAUGCCACUCCAAUCCAGACGCCCUUGCAGAAUCUCCAGAAUCGCCCCUCGUUGCCCGCGCCAGGCUCGUCGCAAGCCGGCGGUCCAUCGUCGACACCGCUCUCUCACCAACAACGCAGCCACUCCACCCCGAAGCCUAAGCAGAACCGCCAGAGCACAUCGAAUCUUCCCGCGCCACCGCUUGACGACGUCCAUGCUGCGUUUGUGGAGUUCCGCGCAAAGGAGGAAGACAAAUGCCUGUCCGUGCAAUGUAUUUAUUGCCAACAGGAUUCCAUUCCCGCCAACAACCUGCUGCAUACUUUCCCCGAGGGCGAUAUUGCUCGCUCUCUGCAGAUCCCCGUCCCGAGCGUCGAACUCGAUUUCCGCAUGAGCAUUAAAUUGAACCCCAAAGUCAGCAUUGGCAGCACUGUCUGGGGUGGGCGUGAUUGGGUGACGUUUGUUGGGGGCCAAUGGGCUGGUCGAUGGGGCAAGGGUAUCAUUCUGCCCGGCGGCCAAGAUUCCCAAGUCACAGUCAAAGAAAUGGCCACAUCUUUAAGCGCAAACUACGUUCUCCAAACAGCCGAUGAGCCGGCGGCCUACAUUAUCGUCAAGGCCAAUGGCUGGUUAACCGGGGCCAAAGAUGUGCUAGAGAAACUUAGCGACCCUAGUCAUGCCGACACCAUCAACCCGAAUACGUACAAGUACCGCCUUAAUCUGUCCAUGGAGAGUGGCGAUGAGCGUUACGCAUUUGUCAAUACUGUUAUGUGGGUGGGCUCUGGUUGUCGUCGUGGUCAUGAAGUAAUCCUCGACGCAUUCCGCCUCAACUAA